UAGCUGUUGGUACCGUGAACACCUCUCCGGACACAAGCUGCCAGGCUUCCCACACUACUGCUCCGGGGUGAUGACGGCGGCUGCGGCCUCACUGCUGUUGGUCCUGACUGUCUGCCUGACUGUCGCCCAGCUGCCUCGCCCUCAGGGUGCGGGAGAGACGCUGAGCGUGGCGGGGGCGGCUGUGGCGGCUGUGGCGGCCACAGUGUGGCGGCCUCGCUGCUCCGUCAUCCUCCUCACAGACGGCACCACCUCCUCCACCACUGUGUUCACGGAGCUGGGAGGGCUGGGAGCCCCCUGGGGGGUGACGGUGUUCCAGGUGGCAGCAGAAGGCAAAAGUCCAAACAUGACGGAGGCGCUGCUGUCCCGGCUGGUGGCCCAGGCUCGACGGGUGAGACAGGUGUCGUGGUGCGUGACGGUGGUGGUGGUGAGCGACGACUCAGCCUUCCUCGCCGCCUCGGCUGAGUGGAUCUUCAAGGGCCGCCUCCUGGUGUGGACCAACAGGCUCCUGGCCGUCACCCGCCGGCCUCUCUCUCACCUCCGCCACCUCCACACCUCCUUCUCCAUGAUGAACGCCAUGUUGCUCCUCCUGGACGACACCUCCGGUUACCCCAGGUGUAGCGUGUACGUGCAUCUCCCGUACAGUUCUCAGGACGCCCAGGUGUUAGAGAUAGCGACGUGGUCCUCCCGGCACGGCCUCGUCCUCACUACACACCUCCCGCUCUUCCCUGACAAGUUCUACAGGUUCGUCCAUCGGCCGCAGUUGGUGGUGGCGGCAGAGGAGUAUCAGCCUCACGUGUUGGUCAAGACGACUGAGGCGCCUGGACGGUCGCUCUCCUUCGCGGGACCCAUGGCCGAGCUCCUCCACCUCCUGGCCAACACACUCAACUUUACGUACACCUUCCUCCGACCUCCUGAUGGCUCCUGGGGCGUCAAGCUGCCAGAUGGUGCAUGGACUGGCAUGGUGGGCAUGGUGGGUAGGCAGGAGGCGGACGUGGGGCUCGGGCCCUUCGCUGUGACUUCUGUUCGCGCUGAGAUGGUCGACUACACCCGCCCUAUCCUGGUUGACUACGGCAGGAUCAUGGCAGGUCGAGGCUUACCAGAGGUGGAUCCAUGGGGCUUCCUUCUGCCCUUCACCCCGCAAGUGUGGACAGGCAUUCUGGCGACACUGCUGCUGUUAUUCACUAUUUCCGUUCUGUUGUACCUGUGUUUCAUACCCAAGACAGCUCAGCGGGAUACCUGGAUGACAGAAACAGUCUUCUCCUACUCUCGAGUGUUGCUUCAACAGGACACAUCCGUGCUUGGUGUACAGUGGUGGGAGAGGCUGGUGCUAGGGGGGUGGAUGGUGAUGGUGUUGGUGUUAUCAAGAAGCUACGCUAGCACCCUCAUGUCCAUCCUGGCGGUGAGAUACAUCCCUCAACCCUAUGAGUACCUGAGGGACCUGUUGGACGACCCCGCCACCACCAUGGUCUGGGAGGCGAACACCAUGUAUGUGCAGUAUCUUCGUUCAGUAGAGUCGGGCAUCUUCCGGGAGGUGAUGGACUCGGAGAAGGAAGGUCGUAUUAUUUACGUGAAGACCACCGAGUAUACUUAUAUGCGGGAUGAGUUGGUGAGGCUCGGCACAUACGUCUUCCUGGGUGAAGACCUCAGUGGCAAGGUCCUCAUGGCUCAAGACUUCUCCAAUACAGGUGCGUGUGACUUUUACUCAUCAAAGGAGAUGUUUCUGCCCUUCAUGUUUGCUAUGAUCGGCCAGAAGAACAGCCCUCUGGUUCCGGCCUUAAGUAAAAGGAUCAAGGUGGUGACUGAGGCAGGACUAUACUGGCACUGGCUAGAAAACAUGAUCCCUAACUCUACCUCGUGUGUCCGGGCGCCCACCAAGAUCACUGUCCAGACGUCGCUCACCUUCACCAACGUCUGGGGGAUGUUUGUGGUGCUGGCUGGGGGUCACUUGCUGGCCCUGGUGGUGCUGGGCCUCGAGUUGCUCACACCCAAGCUUCUCCACAGCUGGAGUGACACACCCCACGACCACGAUUAAGCUUCCCCACUGCUAGGACGAGAUACACCCCACGACCACCGUUAGUUUACUUAGUGAAAGAACAUAAGCUUAGUGAACUUAAUACGAUUUCCAGCACAGGAUAGAGCCCAAGGUUAGGUUAAAUCUGCGGUUCUUAACCGGGGGAGCACGUCAC